AUGUCGAUCUGGGAAUGGCGCUUCCAUUGGGACGGGACCUUGUUUUCAUCAUGUGCAUCGAAGAAUAGUGAACUGCAGUUUUUUGUCCCAUUGGACAAUCAUUUCAUUAUGGAAGUGUGGUAUAGGUUUCAAAAUGUUGGGGAGGGAUGUAUGGAUGAGGUGAAUGAUGUUGGGAUUAUUGUU